UUUUCCGGCAGAUAGUUUUAUCAGCUGUUUUUUGGUUUUGUAACUGAUCCAAGAUUUAUUUAAAAUAAUAAUUAAAAUAUCACAAAAGUAUUUAAAAUGAUGCGCUACGAAGGCAACGAAAGGCUGGCGGAUGAGACGGCGUGUGCGGGAGUGCGAGCGGAUCUAAAGAUGUGCCUAUUGGAAAGCGAUUGCUGCAAAAUGGGCAAGACGCCGCGCCAGUGUCUCCAGGACAACAGCGUUCCACCAGAAUGUCAGGUGCUGCGCAACACAUUCUACGAGUGCAAGCGCUCUUUGCUGGACAACCGGCAGCGUUUUCGCGGUCGCAAAGGCUACUGAAGUUUAAACUUAAAUUAUAUUUCUAAGCGUCUAAAAUACAAAAAGAUUACACACAUAA